UAUAGCUACCACAUGCGCAGUACAUACUGUGGCAAUAAAAAUUAUUUGAUAAAUUAAAUUGCACUUGACACACGUGUUCCUAGCAACGAGCAAAAUGUUUCUGUUCCACUGGAUUGAUCGAGUGCGUAAUUGCAAUGAAAUUGUAAAUAAAUUGAGUUGAUGAAUUGCGUCUGAAACAAUUCCCUAAAACUGUAUCUCCAGGGUUAUCAGGGUUUAUCAGGACACCCCAGGUCCAGUCAAAAAAGAAAAAAACUUUCCAGUCUUCCAUCGAGCCUAGUCUACUAAACAUCAAUUUCCAAGUGAAUUCAGUAGCAGCUGUUGAGAAAAGGGGAAUUAGUUUAAGGUGUCAACUUCAUGAUGGCAGUAAAUUGGACGUCCCAUGGUGUUCGAUCCUCUCGAUUGGUGGGAAAUAUCAUUAUUAACAGUCUGGAGCCUAUAAAAGGGCACCUGCUCCAAGGUCAUGUUCCAAAAGCAAUUUUAAUCUCAAAACACGUGGCUACAACGACUUGUUGGCGAUCCAAAUCCAAAAUGGCAGGAGUACUACACAAGAAUCUCUGGGAGACUGAUCCUGAGCUGUUCGAUCUCAUCAAGAAGGAGAAACAGCGUCAGAACUGUGGAUUGGAGAUGAUAGCGAGUGAAAAUUUCACAUCUCUAAGUGUUCUCCAGUGCCUGAGCUCUUGUCUCCACAAUAAAUACAGUGAAGGUCUGCCAGGUGCUAGAUAUUACGGUGGCAAUGAGUACAUCGAUCAGAUUGAGUGGCUGGCCCAGAAGAGAGCUCUAGCUGCCUACAGAUUGGAUCCAGAGCAAUGGGGCUGCAAUGUCCAGCCUUAUUCUGGUAGUCCAGCAAAUCUCGCUGUUUACACUGGACUUAUUGAGCCUCAUGGAAGAAUAAUGGGUUUGGAUCUUCCCGAUGGUGGACAUUUGACCCAUGGAUUCUUCACUCAGAACAAAAAAAUCUCGGCGACGUCGAUAUUCUUCGAGUCGAUGCCCUACAAAGUGAACCAAGAGACCGGAUUAAUCGACUACGACAAGCUAGCAGAAAAUGCACGACUCUUCAAGCCGAAAGUUAUUAUUGCUGGUGUCUCCUGCUACAGCAGAUGUCUGGACUACAAACGCUUCCGCGAAAUCGCUGAUGAGAAUAAUGCAUAUCUUUUUGCUGAUAUGGCACACAUCUCAGGAUUGGUGGCAGCUGGGAUUAUCCCCAGUCCCUUUGACCACUGCGACGUCGUCAGCACAACGACCCACAAGACUCUGCGCGGCCCUCGAGCUGGUGUCAUCUUCUUCAGGAAGGGUGUCAGAAGUGUCGCCAAGAGCGGUGAAAAAAUCAUGUACGAUCUGGAGAGUAGGAUUAAUGCUGCUGUGUUCCCAGGACUCCAGGGUGGACCCCACAAUCAUCAAAUUGCUGGGAUUGCAACAGCCAUGAAGCAAGCACAGACACCAGAAUUCAUUGACUACCAGAAGCAAAUCGUGAAAAAUGCCCAGCAAUUGUGCAAAGCUCUCACAGCACGUGGAUACAAAAUCACCACUGGGGGAACUGAUGUUCAUAUGCUUCUCGUCGAUCUCAGGAACACUGGCGUCACUGGAUCCAAGGCUGAGAGGAUCCUCGAGGAUAUCUCGAUUGCUUGCAAUAAGAAUACCGUUCCUGGUGACAAGAGUGCCUUCAAUCCCAGUGGAAUUAGACUGGGAAUGCCUGCUUUGACGACUAGGGGAAUCAAGGAGGAACACGUGGACGAUAUCGCUGAAUUUAUUCAUAAAGGACUGGAAUUAUCCAAACAAGUGACGGCAAAGUCUGGCCCCAAACUCGUGGACUUCAAGAAAGUCCUUGAAAAUGACCCAGAAAUCAAAUCGAAGGUCAAAGCUCUGCGCGAUGAGGUCGAAAAUUUUUCUCGGAAGUUUUCACUGCCAGGGUACGAUGAAUACUGAAAACAGAGACUUUGUACUCACUAAGCAACUACCGUAUAUCCCUCGAAUGAUUACAGAGGUUUUUCAUUACUCUGAUAUCAUUAUCAGCCUUAAGCAACUUUCAUUGCAUAAAAUUAAAGAAUUAAUACGUAGUAUUUCUAUUUUGAUACAGAAAGUGUAUGAAAGCGAAAUGAAGAUUUUUGUAAAAUGAA